AUGUACUCGUCAAUAGAGGUACCAAUAUGUUUUGAGCACAUGGGAUACUAUCGAGAAAAUAUUGCUCGAUGUACUGCCAAUGCAUUGCUGUUUGCCCUCGUUGCAAGUCUCCAUGCGGAGGAGGGUCCUGGUGCUGAAGACAAAAUCCAAUACCCCGGAGACAUGGAUCCUAGCGAUUUUCCGCCAGGUCCCCCAAGUGGCCCAGAGGGAGACGUGAAUGGCAGCAGUGCCGGAAGUCAGGAGGAGGAGGAGGACGGCGAGGAGGAGGAGGAGGAGGAGGAGGAGGAGGAGGAGGAGGAGGAGGAGGAGGAAGAAGAAGAAGAGGAGGAGGAGGAGGAGGAGGAGGAAGAAGAGGAAGAAGAUGAUGAAGAAGAAGAGUAG